ACAUUUUAUUGUUUACAGUUGUCAUACUGCCCUCUCCAUACGCCCUAGUUACGUUAGUACAAAUCCAACAUAGGCCUACCAAAAUAAAUACACAGCCUCUCUCUCCUAUCCCUUCCAAGCAAACCCCUCCCUGUGAAAAACAGAUAUCCCCCUACAUCCCCGACCCACUGCCUGAUCCUAUCCCCUGACCGAUUCCCUCUUUUGUUUCCAGAACAGCAGACAGAAAUAGAAUCUUCUCCACCGUGCAAUGCCAUAAAUCGCUGCUGCCUGCCUGCCUGCCGGUCCAUCCUGGCCAGCAGCUGCGGCUCCGUCCCUCCCUCCCUCCCUGCCUCCCUCCCUCCCUCCCUCCGUUUCUCCUCAGUGUUAAUGGACCCUAGUCUUCAGCCAAGCUGAGUUUGGAGAGAGAGGGAGAAGGCUGCUGUCGGAUGGUGUUUGAUGGUGACCCUUGUCUGUUUAAUUGUUUCUAGAUAAAUCUCCAUUUGACUGGUUGGAUGUAUGUAUGACACUCAUUCUCUCUUCAUGCUAAUUGUUUUGAUGACCUCAGAGAGGGUAUCUCUUCCUAUUGGUUUCUCUCUCCAUAUCUGCUCUCUGUCUAUCUGUCUCUCUCUGUGUCUCUGUCGAUCUGUGUCUCUCUCUGUCUAUCUGUCUCUCUCUGUGUGUCUCUCUCUGUCUCUCUGUCUCUCUCUCUCUGUAUUUCUCUGUCUAUCUCUAUCUCUCUGUCUAUCUCUCUCUAAUUUAUAAUUUUCUCUUUCCAUGUCCUUCAAUUCUCUGUCACUGUCCCUCCCUCUUUCAUCUUUACUCUCUCCCUCUCUUUUAUUACACCAAGAGUCCCUUGUUUGCUUUCCGGUCUUGUUAGGAGAAAUUGGAAUGUACAAAAAUCACACAAAAGAUACCAACAACAACUGCAAUAAAAGCCUUCUCCCUGACCACAAGGAGAAGCUGAUCCAGGCUAUUAAAAGAAUAAAGCAUGAGGUAGACGAGUGCUGGGAGGCAGAGAGAGAGACGUACAUAUGGUCUGUUGGUGUAGAGAGAUGUUUUGAUAAUCUGGAACGGGAGGUCCGAGCUGAGUUCCAGAACCUCCAUCGCUUCCUGGACGAAGAGGAGACCAUGGACAUGGAGCGACUGAAGAAGGAGAAAGAGAAGAGGGUGAAGCUGCUUAGGGAGAGGGAGAAAAAGAUCGCCAUGCAGGGAAGAGAUCUGGAGAGAGGCAUUGCCACGCUAAACAACAAACUGGCCGAGGAGGAUAGUCCCAAACUGCUCAAAGAGAUUCAAGACCUCUUGAAAAGGUCCCAUGUGGCUUUCAUACCCCCUCCCCAGGUGGAUGUGGAGGUGCGAUCAGCACACUUUGUGGGGCCCAUCCAGUACAGGAUAUGGAAACACAUGAAGAGCUGCCUGUACCCAAAUAUCACUGAAGUGACCUUUGACCCAGAGACAGCCCACCCCCUCCUCACACUCUCCCCCAGCUGCACUUCUGUGUGGUUCGAGGAGGACAAAGUUAUCCCCAAGUCCUCGGAGGAGGAGCAGCCCCCCAACCCCCGCUGCUUCCACUACUACUACAGUGUCAUGGGCCGAGAAGGUUUCAUCACCGGACGCCAUUACUGGGAGGUGGAGGUGGGCCGCAAGACAGCGUGGCGGCUGGGUGUGGCCAGGGAGGACGUCCACCGGGGGGAGAUGGACUCCAGCGGGACCAGUAACGGUCUCUGGACCCUAUCCCUGAAGGGAGGGGCCAUCUUGGCCUGUACAGACCCCAAACCCACCAAGGUCCCGGUGUCCAUCAGGCCCGUCCGGAUCGGAGUGUUCUUAGACUGUGAGAAGGAGGAAGUAGCGUUCUAUAACGCUGUUACCAUGACGCCGCUGUACACAUUCUCCAUGGAAACGGUGUUCGUUCCGCUGAUCCCCUUCUAUAACCCAUGUGACACGGACGAUGGGAGGAACCUGGGUCCCCUAAACCUCUUCAGCCCCUCUAUAUGAGAGUACAAAGAACCAAGGUUGUACUGGAGUAUAUGUCGUUUGGGGAUGAGGUAGAGUGAUAGAUAGAAUUUGGAAAUGGUUUGUUUUAUACAGUGUGUGUUUCAGGUAUAAUUUCAUAGCUGGAUGGAAGCAUGAUGUAAAUUGUAUCUGUUAAAAAUCCAAUGAGUUUAUGAGAUGCAUUUACAUUUACCAGGGGAGGCUGGUGUAAGGAGCUAUAGGAGGACGGGCUAAUUGCAAUGGAAUGGAAUCAAUGGAAAGGAGUCAACAAGGUUUCCAUAUGUUUGAUGUGUUUGAUACUGUUCAAUUUAUUCCAUUCCACCCAAUACAAUGACCCUGUCCUCCCACAAGCCUCCACUGACAUGUACCUAACCAGCUCUAUGGUAUAGCACUAUCAAUUCAUGUUUAUGCCAUUGCGUUCAGGUGUUUGCUUUGUGGUUUGAAUAUUGACAUUUUAUUUGCAUUAAACAUACAAAUAAAUAGAUAAACACAAAACCUUGGUCUGUGCUUAUAACAUCAGAAUGUGAUAUGUUUGUCAUAUUGUCACAUAAUAGGUUAUGAAUGUAGAAAAACCAGACUAACGUAUCUAAAACAAGUGUCAGUAUCCUAAUGGGGGUAGAUACCCAGGGGCUUCAUGACUUAACACGAGGGGUUAACUGCACAAUGAUGUUACCGUUGGCCCAUCUAUAAAUACUGUGGUCAUGCAUCCACAGCUGUGACACUGUCUGCAGUCCAAAUGUCACCCUAUUCCCUAUAUAGUGCACUACUUCUGACCAGGGCCCAUGGGCUCUAGUAAAAAGUAGUGCACUAUGUAGGGAAUAAGGUGCCAUUUGGGACGUAUCUAUUGUGGCAUGGGUAUGGGAGCAAUGUAGAGGAGGGAUGUGGGAGGAGGGGGGGGGGGGACACACAGGGUGACACUGGAGAGUGUGACACUGUGGGAGAACAACUAUGUGUGACAUUGAGUGAGAUGACUGACGUGGAGGUGGGCCGCAAGACAGCGUGGCAGGUGGGUGUGGCCAGGGAGGACGUCCACAGGGGGGAGACUCCAACGGGACCAGUAACGGUCUCUGGACUACCCCUGAAGGGAGGGGCCAUCUUGGCCUGUACACCGUUACAUUUACAGAGACCAAGGCUUCCUCAGUGAGCGCGGCCAUUAGUAUGAUAUCUUACACUAUGCACGGUGUGCCAGAUAGACAGCUAGGAGAAAAGUGCUCCACGAAAUGAGAUCGUAAAAUCUAAGUGCACACACGUUAUGGCCUGCCUGCCUGCCUACCUGCCUGCCUGCCUGCCUGCCUACCUGCCUGCCUGCCUGUCCGAAUAACAUUAUGACAAAUUCAAAGCUUUGGAAAAGUACAGAAUCAAUGACAAGGAAAGGACACUAGAUAUUUUUCUCAUUAUCUUUUGUUUAUUCUUCGUAUAUUUUUUUAGACAUGAAAUAAAGAAAAUAACACCUUUCCUUUACAAAACGCCUGUGUGUCGUGUUGUGAAAAAAGGGAGGAGGGAGAUCAACAGACUACAGAGCGCUACACACUCCAUCACAGCCGAAGGAGUAAACAGACAGAAUCAGAAUCAGGGCAGAGAGAGAUCACUCACAUAGUGCAAGGAACGCCAAUGAGAACACUGGAGUGAAUUUGAGGGGGGUGUCUGUCCCAGCCAGGGAGGGAAUUGAACCCACAACCUUCUGGUCCCAAGACCCAGACACUAACCAACCAUUCCAAAUAGAGUUGACUCACUAGGAGGUGGGUUUGUUACAUUACCCCCUCUUUUGGGAAGCGCUAUAAUACAGUAGUGGUAUAAAACAUGUCAAAUUCAUCCACAUGCACAUCUCAGUUCCACUUCAGGAGGGCUAGGUCUCAAAUACUGUUUGAGGCUUUGGCAUCCAUUUUGAAUUCAACCUGCUGUUUACAUACAAACAGUGCCACUGAAUUCCCAAGUUGUACAACAGUUACUGUCUCACCAAGUUACACAAUACACUUCAAUAUGUUAUUCAUCUCAUGCUAAUGCACAUUCAAAUAAACCCUGAUAACCAAAUACCAAGCAACUAGGUAAUUUAUCACUCUUCCAAUCAUGACUGAGUGUCGAAGUGCAUUAUAUUAAACACUUCCUGUCCUGACUACAAUAUUCUGUAUCUCCUGACUGUGUUGUGUCUCUAUAUACAGUACAGUAGACCUAUAAGGUAGUCAGGUCUGCUCAUAGUACUUUACCGCUGACCUACAUCAUAUAAACCAAACGGUGCCUCUUGGAGUGUAUUUAUAGAAUAUAGGCUGACUAGCCAUUGAAUAUUUGAUUUCAUAUUUGAGGCACUAAAUCAAAGAUGAGAGUCAUCUGGUGUAGAGCACCUCAGAGGUGCAGGUUUGUGUGAUGUUAACCACAUACUGAGUCUGGACAAACACAGAUAGUUUUCUAAACAAAUGUUAGAUGAUAAGCAGAUCAUUGAGGACAAUCAUUUCUAAGCAUGGAUAUGUGACGUCGACAUACAGCUGAAGUUGUGAUUUUAUUUUCUCAUUGCACACACAUAGGCUAGAGGCUUAUACCUAGACACAGAUACAAAAUGAUGUGUCAUACGCACGCAUGCACACAAUACGGGCACGCACAACACACUCACUCAGGUACGAUCACACACGCACACACACGCACACACAUUAGGAUGAAGAUAACAUUAUGACUGAUCAAUCCUCCACACACACACACACACACACACACACACACACACACACACACACACACACACACA